AUGCUCCUUCAAACCUUCUUAUUCUUUGUCCUCCUUGAGCUCGGUCUUGCCACGGCCCCAAGACCCCGACAACGAUACAGGUAUGGUGAUGCUGGCUGGCCAGAUGAUAGAACAUGGCAGGCCUUCAACGAGUCCAUCUCUGGUCGCCUCGUGCGAACGUUCCCCUCAGCAGCUGUCUGCCACCAAGACCAAUAUGAUGCAGACAGAUGUGCUGAAGCUAGGGCCGAUUGGUCCAACAGUUUCUGGAGAACCAACCAGUCUGGUGCUUACACGGCAAUGGCAUGGGAACUUGGAGACCAACAGUGCUUCACCAAUGGCUCUGACACAGAUCCAUGUGAACAAGGUCUAGUUCCAUACUUCUCGGUCGCUGCUGAGUCGGUCGAAGAUAUCCAAGCGGCCGUCAAGUUUGCAAGUAAGAAAGAUUUGUAUCUCGCGGUCAAAAACACAGGUCAUGAUCACCUCGGCCGGUCUAGUGGUCAAGGGUCGUUCUCUAUAUGGACACACAACCUGAAGGGACGAGAAUGGACAAACGCCUUUACUGCUCAGGGUGCACCCCCAGGGACAGAGGGGGUCCCCGCAGUUACAUUGCAAGCAGGAGAGCAGUGGCUUGAUGUCUAUGAAGCUGCUGCGAAACAAGGUGUUAUCGUGGUUGGAGGCCAUGCACGAACUGUUGGCGCUGCAGGAGGCUGGCUCACAGGAGGUGGGCACUCCGCCUGGUCGAACCUCUACGGCCUCGGUGUUGAUAAUCUCCUCCAGGCCACGCUCGUCAAUUCAUGCGGUGACCACGUUACCAUCAAUCAAUACACCGAUCCCGAUCAUUUCUGGGCACUUCGAGGUGGAGGAGGGAGUGCAUGGGGGGUGAUCACUUCUGUUACUUACAAGACACAUCCUGAGCCAGCGAAUGGGAUCCAAGUGGCUGUUGUUCAGAUCAACGCCACCAAUCAAGGAAGUCUGAGACCCGUACUCGAAAAGGCUCUAGGGGCGAUCGUCAACGUGACCGACGCUGGCUACACUGGAUAUGGAUUUCUCCUUGGAGGUAUCUCUGCAAUUUUGAUUCGACCUGGUGGUACAGAAGAAGACCUUGAAAAAUGCUUCGCUUCGUUUUCUGAAGUGGCGCAAAUCGAAGGCGCCAGUCCAGUGUUUUUCAACAUAACCUAUCCCCGAUGGACCGAUUAUACCGUGGACUUUCUGUCGGAUCCAAAUGUAGCGCAUAACGUCAUGGACGCAUCCAGGCUUUUGACACCAAGCAUGGCAUUCGACAAGGCCAAUGAAAUUGUUGAUUUAAUUUUGGAAGUAGGCGAAGAGCAUGCUCCCUUUUUCAACUUCAUUGGACACGUCAACUCGGACCAGCGCGAAGCCACCUCUGUACAUCCAGUCUGGCGCGAGGGCAGGGGCGUCCUCAGCUUCGGUACCGACUGGGAAGACACGGCCUCAGAGGAUGAAAAGAAGUCCAAGAGAGAUUGGCUUGUGAAGAUCAGCCAGCGCUGGGAUGAGAUUGCUGGGGCAACUGGGGGCACGUAUAUGAACGAGGCCAAUCCGUAUGAGCCCAAUUGGGAGAAUGCCUUUUGGGGAUCCAACUAUGACCGUCUUUUGCAGAUCAAGCGAAAACUCGACCCUACAAACCUAUGGGGGUUGUACCCAGCGCCCGAUGAAGCGUCUACAGAUGUCGAUCAACACCGCGAUCGUGAUCGGCAGGCUGGAAGUGCAGUUAACAAACGAAGCCCCCGAUUCGGCCACCGAUUCGGCCACCAGCAACCCACGAGAAAUCAUCCUCCUUCAGACUCUUUACACACCUCGCGAUUUCGCAGCACCCGAGAGAACCCACGUGUGGACACAGAUGACGAACCAUUGCCCGCGUCUAGGGAGAGAUUUGCACCUGUUCAAAAACAACAUGAAUCAGCGCCCCAAUCAGCUGGACAUGCGCAGUGGUCACUUAUUGAUGCUGAUGACGAUAUCUACGAAUUGACAGAAAUACCCCAUCUUUCCAAUGUGACAAUUUUGCCCGGAGACACCGCCGCAAAUGAACAACUAAGUGAUGUCCAACACCCAACAUCUGAUCGCGAUCACUAUUUUCGUGGACCAGCCUCUGAUAUCGAUUUCACAACUCCAUCACCAGUCCAGACUCCCAUCCUCAAUCCCGCAUCUGAUGUCGAUUUCACAACUCCAUCACCAAUCCAGACUCCCAUUCUUAAUCCCGCAUUUGACGUUGCUUUCACAACUCCAUCACCGAUCCAGUCUCCCAUUCUUAAUCCCGCGGGCUGCUUAGGCAAACGCACUGCAUCUUCCAAUGAACUCGUGGCAAACAAACGAAGACUGCGUGUAACGCAACAAGCCCAGAAAAUUCUCUCAAGCCCAUUGACUGAUAAUCUGGAUGCCAAACCUUAUUCGCUCAUGUCAGCAAGGCAUGAUGAUUUCUUGGAUUAUGGGACUCGAGCGAGACAGUCUAGUAUUGCCCCAUUCCUGUCAACUCGCAUUAGCGGUCGACCAGAUUCGGCAACUACAAUGCCUGACAAGGAGCAAUCUCAGGAUACACAAACGAGCAAAAAUACCCGAGACGAUUCUGGGAUCCUCAAUUUUGAUUUGGAUAUGCCAUACAACUUUCUCGGAACUUCUCAAGAAAGUAUUGACCCCGGGCUUAUUACUACUAGCCCUACUCUUGAAGAACAAGAGGCUAGCGCGCAGAAGAGCCGAAUGUUAAGAGAGAAGGCAUUGGGACGUGCAUCCAACUUGAAUGUAGCAAUGUCUACGUAUGACUCCAUAACUCCGGAAUCCCAUCCCGAUCAACCUCCUUCAGACGCUCAUGAAUCAACAACGCAAGCGAGCUCUCCUGGCAUAGGCGGAGAUACUCGCCAUGUCGAGGAGGAAGGGCACAGUGAAAACCAGGUGGACCGUCACCUACAGGAAAGCGAUGCCACACAUAACGACGAAACACCAGUGAACGACAUUCGUCAACCACAGAAAAGCAAUGCCCCAGAUAACGAAACGCUAUUAAAUGACAUUCGUCACUCACAAGAAAGCCAUCCCACAAACAAUGAUGCGCCUCUGAACGAGAUGCGUCGCCCCCGCCCUCGUCCACACGGGAGUCAUGCUACAAACCUUGAAAAACAUUUGAACGAUAUUCAGCGCUCACAUGAGAGCAAUGCUUCAGACCGUGGAACACACCUGAAGGAUAUUCGUCGCCCACGCGAGAGCCAUGCUACAAACCUUGAAAAACAUCUCAACGAUAUUCAGCGCUUACAUGAAAGCAAUGCUGUGGCCCGUGGAACUCAUUUGAAAGACAUUCGUCGUUCGCAUGAGAGCAAUUCCACAAACCUUGAAAGGCCACUGAACGACAUUCAGCCCGCACACAAGAGCAAUAACGCUGCAGCCCGUGAAACAUAUCUGAAGGAUAUUCGUCGCCCACACGAGAGUCAUGCCACAAACGGUGAAAGGCCUCUGAACGAUAUUCAGCGCGCACACGAGAGCAACAACGCUGCAGAUCCUCAAACACAUCUAAACAACGAAACACAUCUGAAUGACAUUCAUUGCCCACAAGGAAGCCAUCCUAAAAAUCAUGAUGCGCCAAUGAACGACAUUCGUCGCCCUCCCCCACCUGAAAGUCAUGCUACAAACCAUGACAUUCGUCGUCCUCGCCCACCUGAGCGUCAUGCCACAAACCAUGGGCCGUCUCUAAAGGACAUUCUGCAGCCUCGCCCACACAAAGGCCAUGCCUUAGAUCAUCCCGCGCCUCUAAACGAUCGCGCUCACGAAAGUCAUGCCACAAACCAUGACAUCCGUCGCCCACAAGGAAGCCAUCCCAACAAUCGUGAUGCGCCAGUGAACGACGUUCGUCGCUCAGAAAGUCAUGCUACAAAUAAUGACGCCCCUUUGAACAACAAUCAGCAACAUCAUCGUAUGAGCAAUACCGUAGAUCAUGGAACACACCUGAACAACAUUCGUCGCCCACAUCAAAGCGAUGUCACAGAGCGUGAAAGGCCUCUGAAUGACAUUCAUUCUACCUCAGCGACGGGGAAAGCCAAUGACAUUCAUCCUACUACCUCGACAAGAGAAGCUAGCGACGUUCAUACUACUAUCUCGCCAAACACGCCCAAUGUUGCGCCCCGGCCUUCUGGCUUCGAAAUGCUCGCUGUACGGCGUGGGAAUCACUUUUGGUCGACCAAUGAUCACAGAGGCGCAGCGCCGGCUCCUGUCGCGGUAACCCAUCAAGACAAGGCAAACACACCAUCUAAACAAAAGCAACCUUUUGGAACCAGAAUACCAACUCAGGUGGCUGACAACUUGACUGAAGUAUUACCGAAUGCUUCGCCUGUGAAAGAGACCGAACAGCGCCUGAAUCACAGACUGCCGUUGAUGAACCGCAAUGGAGGUGGAAGACAGGCAACUCGAGCAACCGAUGUACCUGAUCGACCAGCAAGAGGAAUUACGUUAGGCGAGCAUAGUCCAAGCCAAGACAGACCCAGAGAAGUUGGAGGAUCUUCCAUCGAAAUUGCUAGAGAUGCUGUGGAGUUGACACUUCCACACAGGUUCGACACGUGGAGUGAGGAAGGUCAACAGAUCAUUCGAGAACAUGAGAUCGCCAAAGAAGCCAACCGGGACUUGGAGGCUCUCUUUGUAGCGGUGGGCAGAAUUGCUCAGCUUCGGUCCUUCGGAUUCUUGAAGGCGAUUGAAGAGAAGGAACUAUGCAGCGUCCAACAAUUCCUCGACCUUGUCGGUCGCAGAAGACUCAGCGGAAAGCGCCAAAGACCAGAUAUUUCUAAAAUAUCGUCCAGAAUGAGACAGCGAGUGACUGCCGCAGGUGGGUCUUUGCCCACUCAGAAUGUGGUAGAGCAGAACAUUGCGCUUUUGUUCCCGAUCGAAGCUAUACAAGAUGCUCGAAACCAAAUGGCCGACCUCAAAGCCAAGAUCGAAAGACUUGGUGCGAAGCGACAAAAUAUAUCGAAACACAGAGCAUUACCGAGUAUUCAGGUCACGGCUAAUCGAGACAACAGAGAAUCUGAAGGUUCACAGAAUCUUGAUAUACCUGCCAAUAUACCAGUCAAUGCUUCUCGACAUAGUCGUACGCCACAGCUUGAGACUCUCGGGACUCCGCUUGCGCUGACCGUCCCUUCUCCGCGUUCUUCUCCUCCUGCUGCUGCUGCUCCGGCCCUUCCUACUCCGGUCGCUGCUCCUCGGAUUCGCGGAAGCCAGGGAUUUGACCAAGGCUUGUUGGACCGCAUGCGCAAGCAAAGUCUUGCUAAACAAUCCCAGCCAGAGGAGAACCAAAGCGGCGAAGAAGACGAAGCUGCUUCCUCUUCAGCCGAGACAACAACCGAAUCAGAUGACGACGAGGCAGAUUCUGACUCUGACGGCGAAACCUCAGGUCCCAGCGAACUCUUUGAAUAUACGGUAUCUAGCAUCUACGCUGGAGUCGAAGACUACGAUUCCGGCGACGAGUACAUUUGCCUCAAGACCACGGACGUGAAGAAAGCGAAUCAAAAGGUGGACAAGCUAGCAACAGAGUUCGAAAAGAAAUACCCCCCUGAAGAAGGACUUCGUUUCGGUCGACGCAGUAACCGCAGUUCCUGGGAGAAUGGGCUUGUGGAACGAUAUGUCUCACUUGGUGAAGAUGAGGUUCGUGAAGCACGGUUUUUCGUGAAGAGACAAAUCGCCAGCGUUGCUCGAAGCGCGUACCGCAUUGCCAGGACGCGGGACCCAGUCAUCAGCAGAAUCUUCUACAAGGUAGAAUGGGAGAAAGUUACGGAGUAUGAAGAACAACAAGAACAAGAGGAAGGAGAGGCGCAGGCAGAGAUCAAUUGGGGUCCGCCGGAACGCUCGACAAUACCUCUACAUGAGAUUCUUUCCUUCACCACUUCAGCACAAGCCAAUCGGCAUGCGGCCGACGUCUGGCUAGCUUGGUAUUUUCGAUACUUCCCCGGUCUAGAAAUGGAACAGCAGCGGCGCCUGGAUGCAGAGGAGAUUGAGCGCGAGCUGGAAAUGAAGGCUGAUUUUGGUCUCUUUGCAAAGGAAGAUUCGUUUUAUUCAGGACAAGUGCCAGAAAAUGAUGGCGAUGGGGGAGAGUUGCAAACCCCGCAGAGAGUCAGAGAGACUUUCAAGAUUUGGGUGAGAAAGGAUCACGUCUAUGGUCCACCAAAUUGA